AUGGGAAAUGGUGAAAGUGCCUUUGAAAAAGAAUACCAAAAAAGAUAUGAAGGGGUUAAUAUUGAAGACCUUCCAGACCGGAUUGCUGAUGUUUUCAAUGGGAAAACUAUUUUUAUCACCGGGGGAACUGGUUUUAUGGGAAAAGUAUUGGUGGAAAAAAUUUUAAGAAAUUGUUGUGGCUUGAAGAAAAUGUAUCUUUUGCUAAGAAAUAAAAAAGGAGUUGAUCCCAAAGACAGAUUGCAAAAAAUUUUUGAGUCACCGCUUUUCGACAAAGUGAAAGAAAUACACGGGGAAGAAAAAAUAAAAAGGAAAAUCGCUUACAUCGGUGGUGAUGUAUCUCUUCCCGAUUUGGGAUUGACCGAAUCCGAUCGAAAGCUUUUAAUCGAUGAGGUCAAUAUAGUAUUUCAUUUGGCUGCUACAAUCAGAUUUGAUGAACCUUUAAAAAAAGCUGUGCUAUUGAACACAAGAGGAACAAAACUUGUUUUGGAACUUGCUAAACAAAUGAAAAAUCUUGAGCUUUUCCAUCACAUGUCAACAGCUUACUGUCAUUUGGAACAAAAAGUUUUAGAAGAGAAAAGUUAUCCUCCUCAUUGUAAUCCUCAUGAUCUUAUUAAAACAAUGGAAUGGAUGGAUGAUGAUGUUGCUGAAAGCUUGACAAAAAAAGUGUUGGGUAAAUGUCCAAAUACAUAUGCAUUCACUAAAAAUCUUUCCGAAGGAAUCAUUGUUGAAGCUAUUGAAUCGGAUCCUCCAUUCCCAGCGGUAAUUUCAAGACCAUCAAUAGUUGUGCCUAUAUGGAAGGAACCUUUGCCGGGAUGGACGGAUAACAUUAACGGUCCGACUGGACUCUUGAUUGGUGCGGGAAAAGGAGUUAUAAGAACAAUGUAUUGUAAACAAGAAGGAUAUGCAGACUAUCUUCCCGUUGACAUUGCAGUUAACGGUAUAUUGGUUGUUACUUGGAAUUUUAUUUCCAAUAAGGAUUACAAUCGGCGUUACUUUCAUUUUACUUCGAGUGAAGAAAUUAGAAUUUCAUGGGAAGAACUUAUUCUUCUUGGUAGAAAAAUCACGGAAGAAAUUCCAUUAAACGGAGUCGUUUGGUAUCCGGGAGGAUCAAUGAAAAAAUCGAAAUUGUUUCAUAAUAUAUGCGUUGUAUUAUUUCAUUACAUUCCUGCUUACAUUAUAGAUACAUUGUUAUUCUUUUUAGGAUAUAAACCAAUCAUGUGUCGAGUGCAAAAAAGAAUAACGAAAGGUUUUGAAGUUUUUGAGUAUUAUGCAAAUAACCAAUGGCAAUUUAUGAAUACUCAUGUUUAUUAUGCAAGAUCUAUAAUGAAUCCUAAGGAAAGAGAGCGUUACAAGGUAGAUGGUUUGGGUCUUGAUGUUGAAGAAUAUUUUAAAAGUUGUAUACUUGCAGCUAGAGCUUACAUUCUUAAUGAAGCCCCUGAAACAUUACCAGCGGCCAGACGACAUCUUAAAAUAAUGUAUUGGGUCGACAUUUUUACAAAACUUGCUUUCGCAUUUUUCCUUUUCUAUUUUGUAUCUAAAUAUUUUGACAUAUUUCAUAUUAUUUAA